AUCUGCCAAAGCCCCCGCUCCUCGCUAUAAAGAUGGCUUCUCAUCAUCACAGUCACAGAGUCAAUAUCACUUAAUAACAAUCUAACUGUUGUGUCUUGUAAGAGAAAGAGAGACAGAGAAAACAUGGUGCUAAAGGUGUACGGACCUCACUUUGCUUCACCAAAGCGUGCUUUGGUAACGCUUAUCGAGAAGGGCGUUCCCUUCGAGACCGUCCCCGUCGAUCUCAUGAAAGGAGAGCACAAGCAGCCUGCUUAUCUCGCCUUACAGCCUUUCGGUACCGUUCCUGCUGUUGUCGACGGUGACUACAAGAUCUUCGAGUCACGUGCGGUGAUGAGGUACGUAGCUGAGAAGUACAGGUCACAAGGACCUGACCUUUUAGGCAAAACCGUCGAAGACAGAGGUCAAGUUGAGCAAUGGCUCGACGUUGAGGCCACCACUUUCCACCCACCACUACUCAACCUCACACUACACAUAAUGUUCGCAUCAGUCAUGGGAUUCCCUUCCGAUGAGAAGCUGAUCAAGGAGAGCGAGGAGAAGCUCGCAGCUGUGCUCGAUGUCUACGAGGCACAUCUCUCGAAGAGCAAGUACUUGGCUGGUGAUUUCGUCAGCUUGGCUGAUUUGGCUCACCUCCCUUUCACUGAUUACUUGGUUGGUCCCAUCGGUAAGGCUUACAUGAUCAAAGACAGGAAGCACGUGAGCGCGUGGUGGGAUGAUAUUAGCAGCCGUCCUGCUUGGAAGGAGACUCUUGAGAACUCGCGACCUCAGACCGUCUCAGCUCGAUCCCGAGACACGAUCUCAGCCAGCUACCGCUCGCGACAACAGCUUGUUUCCGUUCGUGAUCAGACGAUCUCAGCUUCAGCUCGCGUUCCCGAUACCAGCAAGGACAGCUCACGAUCCGUUCCAGCUCUAGACGACCUCAGCUCGUUCGCUUAUCAAUCUCAAUAUUCAGCUCGCGGUUCUUCUUCUCAUUGGAGGUCCAUUCAACCCUACUUGAAGUUAAGGAAUCUCAGAAUCCAGGACUUCAAGUCUGUGGACGAGUAUAACUCGGCCCUGUUUAAAAUAGUUUCAAAAUUGAAACUGUGUGGUGAGGAUAUGACGGAUAAGGAUAUGCUUGAGAAAACUUUUUCCACCUUCCACACAAGCAAUGUGUUGUUACAACAACAGUACCGUGAGAAGGGCUUCACAACUUAUGCUAAUUUGAUCUCUUGUCUCUUGCUCGCUGAGCAGAACAAUGAACAGUUGAUGAGAAACAGUGAAUUGAGACCUUCUGGAACAAACCCAUUACCUGAGGAACAUGCGACCGUAGAGGCUAAGAAAAAGUCGAACCAUGUCCAGAGUGAUAGCCAACACAACCGUGGUCGUGUAAAAUGGCAUGGACGUGGUGGUCGAGACCAAAACUCGUUUGGUCGAGGCCAAGGCAACUCAUAUGGCCGUGGCUCCUACGGAGGCCGUGGACAUGGCCGAGGCCGUGGUACAUCUUUCAAGCCACAAAACUCGACCAAAUCCGUGUGCCAUAGAUGUGGUAUGGAUAAUCAUUGGGCUAAGACAUGUAGGACUCCCAAACAUCUCGUUGAUCUUUACCAAGAGAGUUUGAAAGGGAAGAAUCCUGAAGCUCAUAUGACUUAUCAAGAUGGUGAAGAUGAUUUCAAUCAUGAACGAGACGAUCUUAUGGAUUAUGAAACUUCAGAUUGUUUAAAAGAAUGA